UUUAUUUCGUAAACCUGACACAUUUGUGCACUUAAUCAGAGAAAAUUCAAUCAUGAGUUAAAAUAGAAAUAUAACAACAAACCAACAUCAUCACAUGAACAGAUACUGGAUUGUCCAUCAGAUAAUAUUUGAUAACAGAGCAAAUGCAACAACACAAAUUCUCAAAUGAUUCAGUAAAUUCAGAGAGAAUUUUGGGUGAUUGACAGGCAGUUUGUUUCAUCAUUAUUAAGAACAUAUGUCACUGAACAUUUAACAGAUUUAACAGUUUGCCAAGCCCAUUCCUUACAAGUCUGCAAGAACAAAGUGACUAACCACAAUAAUCUGCAUCCAUGCAACCAUCACAUAGCCUCCCCAACACAUUUAGACACAAAAACCUUGGUACCGAUUUAGAACCAAUGGACAACUGCUCCAGGGUUGAGAAAGCCAAAGGUUCUCAGUGCCUGUGUGAUAGUUACUGAGAUGGUAAGGGCCCCAAGCUGACUCCAGCAUCUUUACCUAGUGUUGAGGUUUUGUAGAGGGGACCUGUGUCAAAAUGCAGUUUUAAUGCCUUUAAUAUAUUAUGCUUACAUGGUGCAUAUUUUUUUAAAAGAAAACUGGCUGGUAAACUUUGUGCAAAGUGUAUGUGUGUAUGUAGGUGGUGGUGGUGGAGGGGACAUGUGUGCAGGGAGCUCAUAGACUGUAUUUGGGGGAGACAGCUCAUCAUUGCCCCAAGGCCCUCUAGUGGGCUAAUCCCGUCCUGUUGUAAAUAUUUAAAAUAGCGUAUUCGAAACUGUCUGCCCAGUUAUACAGGUCCCACUUAUAUUUGACUUUAAUAGUUUGUAGCAAACCCAAAGAACCUCAAAGACAAAAAUCACUUCAGUUCAUGAAGAAAUGAAGGAUAGUGAAAACUGUAUGGAGAAUGUGGGUAAUGAAUUUAAAUGUGCGACAUUUGACUGUGAUGUGAAACCAUAUUGGCUACUAUAUUAAAACACACAAGUCAAUCUGAUGGACACGCAUGUGUACACAGAAAAUAUAAAUCAAAUGCACGGUAAAUUAAAGACGACUCUUGCAGAAACCUGAAAUGUUUUCAUGUAGAUCUUAGUUUUAGAUUUAACUUUAGUCUUGCCGGUUAGUCUCCGCCCUCCUCAGUGUGUGUAGUUCACCAAAUAACUUGCAUGAUACGUCUCGACUGUGAGUCAAUUUUUGGCUGCUUAUCCACCACAGUUGAAUAUACUCCAACAUCUUUGAAGGCCUGAACUUUGAAAGCUUGGCCCUCUGCAUAAAACAGAAUGUCUAAAAGUGAGCCAGAAGAGAUGAUAGAGAUCGAGAUCGAUGAACGGGAGAAACAGGCAUGCCUGGAGGAGGGUGUUGAGGAGCAGACGAUCACUGCAUCCGAUUUGAUUCAGCAAGACAUCGACAUCAAUGAGCCAAUUGGCAAUUUGAAGAAGCUUUUGGAGCCCCGUAUCCAAAUAUCACUGGAUGCUUAUGAGAUCUGCUUGCAGGACAUUCAGCUUCACCCUGACCACAGCCUCUUCGACCAGGGAGUAAAGACAGAUGGCACAGUGCAGCUCAGCCUGCAGAUAAUAGCCAAACCAGGUGAGGAGAAGCUGAACAUCUUGGAAAUAGUGAAGCCGGUAGAAACAGUAGAAGUGGUGAUUGAUCCAGAUGCAGCAGGAGAGGAGGGUGCGCUGGUGGAGGAGGGUCAGCUGAUUGCUGUGGAGAGGUCUGGCCUCUCUGAUGAGACGUCAGAACAGGUUACACGCUGGGCUGCAGCACUUGAAGGCUACCGCAAAGAGCAGGUCCGGCUGGGAAUUCCAUAUGACCCCGUGCUGUGGUCGGCUGACCAGGUGAUCCACUGGGCCGUGUGGGUGAUGAAGGAGUUUAACAUUGACGAGAUGGAAAUAGGCAGCAUUCACAUCCCAGGUCGAGAGCUCUGCGCUUUCAGCCAAGACGAGUUCCUUCAGAAAGUGCCCAAUGGAGAGAUACUCUGGAGUCACCUGGAACUCUUACGCAAAUAUGUGUUGGCCAGCCAGGACCAGUCUGGAGGGGACGCCACAGUCACUAUUGAUCAACCUGUGCAGAUAAUCCCAGCUCAGGUGAGCACACCUACCGCCAUAAAGGUACUGAAGCAGAGUCGUGGCCCCAGAACUCCACGUAUUUCAGGAGGAGAGGAGCGCAGCUCACCUGGCAACCGCACAGGUAACAACGGUCAGAUCCAACUGUGGCAGUUCCUACUGGAGCUGUUGACAGACAAGGAUGCAAGAGACUGCAUCUCCUGGGUGGGUGAAGAAGGAGAGUUCAAACUCAACCAGCCUGAACUUGUGGCUCAGAAAUGGGGCCAGCGCAAGAACAAGCCUACUAUGAACUAUGAGAAACUCAGCAGAGCCCUCAGAUAUUACUACGACGGGGACAUGAUCAGCAAGGUGCAGGGCAAGCGCUUUGUCUACAAGUUUGUGUGCGACCUGAGGACUCUGAUUGGCUACAGCGCUGCUGAGCUGAACAACCUGGUGACUGAGUGUGAGCAGAAGAAACUGGCUCGCAUGCAGAUGCACGGCAUUGGUCAGCCCAUCACUACAGUGACCUUGGCCACGACACUAGACAAGGACAGUUGAAGGAGGCCGCAUUACAGCGCUCUCCAGCUGCCACAGGCAAAGUUAACUCUCCACCGCUGACUGGAAAUCAAAUCAACUUUUUUUCUUUUUUUUGACACAGCUGUGUUCAGCAAGCACAGAAAUGCAAGGCUGAUGCCCGAUCAGUGUGGAUUAACAACUUUGUCAAUGUCUUUUAGUCCAGUUAGACUGAGGCAGGUAAAACAUUUUUUUUCUUAGCUUUUCUUUAACUCUAACCAAGAGAAGUGUGUUGAUGACGAGGUGGGGAAUGUUUGAGUGAUUACUGAGUGAUGCUGUUGUGCAUGUGACUGAAUGCUUGAACGUGUGACUGAAAACCGAGUUAUGAGCUUUGUGUAAUGUAUUCCUUGUCUGUAGUUUAGGAUUGUUUCCAUUGUAUAUACCGGUACUUCAUGUUUUUGAUAGCCACAAGGGCAAGUGUAUUUUCAUAUUUUCCAUUUAUAGAGCACCUGUUUUGUAUUUUAUUUAGUGUUUGUUCCCUAAAUUGUUGGACCCUUUUUUGUCCACUAGAGGGAAUAAAGUGGCAAGCAUUUUU